CAAGGAAGACAGACCUAUUUAUAGCUAUGUAACCAUUUAAAAUGCAACUAUUUCCAUCUUCUCUGAGCCCGAGGACUAUGAGGGAAAGAUAAAUGAGAUAAGGACAUUUUGAAAUAGAAGGCAUGGAUGGGUCAGCCAUUGAAAACUUCUCCUGUGUGAUUUAUACCAUUUCCCUCAUGAACUGCACUUGGCAGGCAGGCAAGGAUGCUCCAGGAGACACACAAUAUUUUCUCUACUGGCAGAGCUCAAGAUAUGACAAGGCAAUGGAAUGUGAGCUUUACAUUAAAGAUGAAAAUGGCAGAAACACGGGAUGUAGGUUCCAAAAUGUGACAAUAAUGACUGAAAAAGCUUAUUUCCUGGUGAAUGGGUCUAGCAAAGUCUCUCUAAUCCAGUUCUAUGAUGAAUACAUUCAACUGUAUAAAAUUGAAAAGCUCAUGCCUCCGUCAAAUAUCACUGUCAACUGUGAUGAAAUUAAAAAUGGUUGCAUAAUUCAAUGGCAACGGCCCCAAACAAGUCAUUCUAACAAAGACAAGUGUUUUAAAUAUGAACUAGACAUUAGGUAUAAGGAUAACCCGGAGGGAAAAAUUAUAUAUACUUCUAUACAAGAUGGGGAAAAUAGUCAGAUAUUUCCAAGACCCAAUACCAGAAGGACGUACCUCUUGAAAAUGAGAGCAGCUGGCAGUGCCUGCUUUGUGAGCCCAUUCUGGGGAGAGUGGAGUGCACCUGUUAAGUUUGGAAAUGAAGUUAUUUCUUCUUCAGUAUGGAUUUUACCUCUGGUAGGAGUCGCGACCCUCUCAGUGGCAAUUGUCACAGUUUUGUCCUGCAAAAGGACUGGCUGUUGGAAAGUAGCAUUUCCAAAAAUUCCAGAGCCAAAAAAAGCAUUUUGUGGACUGCUUGAUACAAAUUCAGAGCUGAUGGAGAGCAAAAUUCCGUCAAUAACAUCUGAAAAUGAAGAGAUAACAUUGGUUGCUGACAUAGUAAAAUAACAAGAAAAACUGAGGAAUUCGAAAGUUCAUUUCUUUACCUUGGGAAACUGUAUAUUCCUAUGGAAAGUCUCAAAUAAUAUAUAAGCUUUUCUAACUUUCUUCCUUUUUUUUUGGCCAAAACAGUGGUGCAGCCAAGAGAGAAUGAUACUUUACAUGUAAUUUUUGUUUUUAAAUGUCAUUGUAUUUGCUUUUAAGUUUGGCUGACAUUAACUGUCUGGGUAACUUGUCCUUAUUGGAUAUUUUUGAUUUGUGAAUAUGAUUGAAAAAUU